AGAUCACGUUUUGUGCCUAGCUGUUGAUUAGAAUGGAUGGUAGAGCCAAUCUGGUAAAGCCUGAUGAGGACGACAGUACAGAUAGCUCUCGCAAGGACGAGGAACGUGUAAUAUGGGACAACAAAGCUCAGUACAUCUUGUCGUUGAUUGGAUUUGCUGUCGGCGUUGGGAACGUCUGGCGCUUUCCCUACUUGUGUCAGAGAUAUGGCGGAGGUGCUUUUCUUAUUCCUUAUGCUAUUAUGCUUUUUGUUGAGGGACUGCCUCUAUUUUACUUGGAACUUAGUCUCGGCCACAGGUUUCAUAGUGGAACGAUUGGCACUUGGCGUCAAAUUGCUCCUGCUUCAAUUGGCAUUGGAAUUGCAAUGAGCAUUAUAUCAUCAAUUACAAACUGUUACUAUAUUAUUGUUAUGGCAUGGAGUUUCUUCUAUUUCUUCAACUCUUUUCGUGAUCCGUUGCCGUGGAUGACGUGCGAUGGUGUGACGGGCACGACUCUUGUUAACGGAACGGUAGUGAAUGUAUCAGACUUUUGCAACAAUGGAAGCACAAAGUUCUACUGGUACAACACAGCAGUGCAAGCAUCAUCUAGCAUUAAUGAACCGGGAACGAUGGUCUGGGAGUUAGCACUCUGUCUUAUUCUUUCUUGGGUGACUGUCUUUGUGUGUAUGGUUAAGGGUGUCAAGUCUUCUGGCAAGGCUGUGUAUGUGACUGCGACGUUUCCGUUUGUUAUUCUUAUUACCUUGUUUUUUCGUGGUGUUACUCUGAAAGGAGCGGGAAAAGGAGUCGCGUUUCUUUUCUCUCCGAACUUUUCUAUCUUAUAUGACCCCAUUGUUUGGCUGGAAGCAUCUGGCCAAAUCUUCUACUCUCUAUGUGUUGGAUUCGGAGCACUCAUCACAUACACAAGUUACGUGGACCCAAACAAAAAAGCAACUCCACUGAGAGACUCACUCACCGUCUCCUUCAUCAACUGUGGCACAUCACUCUUUGCUUCUAUUGUGGUGUUUGCCGUUCUCGGAUUUAAAGCCGACUACUUCGGUGUGGACCUGGAAGACGUAGCCAGUGGUCCGGGCUUGUCAUUCAUAGCGUUUUCCGAGGCUCUCGGUCACAUGCCCGGUGGCCCCUUCUGGUCCGUUCUCUUCUUUCUGAUGCUUAUCAUGUUGGCUCUGGAUAGCGUGUUUGGAUGUAUUGAGGUCCCUCUCACAGACAUACUCGACGAACUCGGACCGCGCUGGCAGUUUUUGACAAAGUUUCGAAUUUUGUUGCUUCUAUGUGUCAGCCACUUGGUGGUCGGUUUCGUAUUUGUGAUACAGUCCGGCUUCUACUCGUUUCAGUUGUUCAACACGUUUUCUGGUAGUUUGCCAUUAAUUACUAUUGCACUUUGUGAGUGUCUUGCUGUUUGUUGGUUAUAUGGUGCUGAAAGAUUUGCUCAUGAUAUGGAAGCCGUGACCGGUGCAUAUCCGAAGAAGGUGUGGUUGUAUAUGUGGAAGUAUGUGUCACCAUUGGUGCUUGCAGUGAUCGUGAUUGGAAGUAUUAUCAAACAAGGAAUCGACCCACUCAACUACACCAUCUAUCAAAACUAUGUGGAAUCUAAUCUCGGAGAGUACCCGCCGUGGGCCCUUCUCUGUGCCGCAUUUCUCAUUCUCAUCAGCAUUGUACCAAUUUUUGUUGUGGCGUUUCGCUACUACGCACGUCGUUGGAUAGUACGCAAAUCGUAUUCAGUGCAGACACGAGGCAUUGCAAUGGAAGAAAUAGCAGGCGGCGCUGCCCCAUCCUAUCGAUCACUGGAGAACAUGAGUAGUGAUUCUGAGGUUCCAUCAGACGAAAACGCUUUGGUAGAGCCCAACGAGGAUGCCAGUUCGCAGACGAGCGAGGCCUCCGAUGUCGACGAGGAGCGUGUGAUAUGGGACAACAAAGCUCAGUACAUUCUCUCUCUGAUUGGCUUUGCUGUCGGCGUCGGAAAUGUCUGGCGCUUUCCCUAUUUGUGCCAGAAAUACGGCGGAGGUGCUUUUCUCAUUCCUUACACGGUUAUGCUCUUCGUCGAGGGUCUGCCAAUAUUUUACUUGGAACUUAGUCUCGGCCAUGCGUUCCACAGUGGAACGGUUCACACGUGGCGGCAACUCAGUCCCGCUUCGAUUGGUAUCGGAAUUGCUAUGGGCUGCACAUCUGUUGUUACGAACAGUUAUUAUGUUAUUGUUAUGGCGUGGAGUUUUUUCUAUCUGUUUAACUCGUUUCACGAUCCGUUGCCGUGGAUGACGUGCGAUGGUGUGACAGGCACGACUCUCCUCAAUGGAACAGAGGUGAACAUAUCGGACAUUUGCGACAAUGGACGCACAAAGUUCUACUGGUACAACUCGGCCGUCCAGGCGUCGUCCGACAUUGAACAUCCGGGAAAGAUGAUCUGGGAGUUAGCGCUCUGUCUCAUUCUCUCAUGGGUGACCGUCUUUCUCUGUAUGUUCAAAGGCAUCAAAUCUUCUGGAAAAGCCGUGUACGUGACUGCAAUAUUUCCGUAUGUCGUUCUUGUUAUUCUGUUUUUUCGCGGCGUCACACUGAAAGGAGCCGGUACAGGAAUCGCCUUUCUGUUCACCCCUGAUUUUAGCAUUUUGUGGGAUCCUGUUGUGUGGCUUGAAGCGGCCGCUCAGAUCUUCUUUUCGUUGAGUGUGGGGUUUGGGGCUCUUAUUACAUACACGAGCUACUUGGAUCCGAGGAAAAAGGCAACUCCACUGAAGGACUCGCUCGUCGUCUCUAUUAUUAACUGCGUAACAUCACUCUUUGCUUCUAUUGUCAUAUUUUCUGUUCUUGGAUUCAAAGCCGAGUACAAUGACACGACCUUGAAAGAUGUCGCCAGUGGUCCAGGUCUCUCAUUUAUCGCCUUUUCCGAAGCACUCGGUCAUAUGCCUGGUGGUCCCUUUUGGUCGGUUCUGUUCUUUCUAAUGCUCAUUACAUUGGCUCUGGACAGUAUGUUUGGAAGCGUCGAAGUUCCUCUCACAGACAUUCUCGACGAACUCGGACCACGAUUUCGGUUUCUGACGAAGAUGCGGGUAUUGCUGGUCUUGUGUGUCGGUGAGAUGAUACUUGGCCUCAUAUUCGUAAUACAGUCUGGCUACUACACAUUUCAGUUGUUCAACACGUAUACUGUUAGUCUGCCUUUGCUUACUAUCGCACUCUUUGAAUGUCUUGUCGUCAGUUGGUUAUACGGCAUUGAGAGGUUUUCUCAGGACUUGGAAGCGGUGACUGGUACGCGUCUGAGAAUAUUGUGGCGAUAUAUGUGGAAGUACGUCUCUCCGUUGGUGAUUGCAGUAAUAUUGGUGGGAAGCGUCAUUAAGCAAGGAAUCGAUCCAAUCAAUUACAAUAUCUAUCAAAAUUAUAUUGAAUCGGAUAACGGGAAGUAUCCUACUUGGGCUUUAGUCUGUGCUGCUCUUCUUAUUGUCAUUAGCGUCGGACCAAUUCCUCUUGUAGCGUUUCGCUACUAUGUAUGUCGUUGGAGGAUGAAAAACGAGUAUUCGCCAAACAGGUCUGGCAUUUCGAUGGAGAACGUGGUGGGCAGCAGUCCAUCGUAUCGAUCAAUUGAGAACAUUGGUAGUGAUUCAGAGACACAUUGAUGAGAUUGCAAUUACAGUGUGUGAUAAGAUAUGCUGCUAGUAGUGAUUGAUUUUAAUAUAUAGACUGCUUCUGUUAUUAUUAUAUCUUUUAGUUAUUUGCCAAGCAGAUGAGGAUUUUAGGUUGGAUCUAAUAUGUAGGAUGUCUCAUGCACUGUUAGUAUACGUGCAUUGCUUGUACGCUAUUGUUUCAUUAGUUCCACGUGUGUAUCUGUAGGUUCAAGUACAGUAGUCAAGCUUACUCUAGGAAUUAUAUUAAGUACAUGCCAGUAA